AGUUGACAUUACUAACUUCACGCAUAUUUAGUCAAUUUACUUCUUGAAUUAUAUCAUUUAAAACUAAUAAUGCUUAAGAACUGAGUAGUAAUCACUAAAUAUAUACGGAAAAAUAAUCAAAUAACAACAAAUUCCAUAAAAAUAAGGUAAUUCGUUAAUAUUACGAGUGUAAGCAAUACAUAACCUCAACAUAACCUACAAAAAUGACGUCAAUACAAGAGCGGCUCCAAAUAAAACGUGAACCGUUGGAUAAAUGGUCAAUAAGAGAACAAUUAUGUUUAGCUUCGGCUGUUGCAAGAAGUGGAGAUCAAAAUUGGAUGUCGGUAUGCCGUGCGUUAAAACCGUUUGGAGAUGCAAACCGCCCGAAUGAUUGGUUUCAUCAGAAAAACUGUGCUGCUCAGUAUUGGGCGUUGUUAGAGAAUGUGGAGACCCCAAAACGUAAGAAAAGACCAUCAGGAACUCAGGAAGCGGGUAUAGAAACACCAGCAGAAAGUAUUUUAAAAAAAUUAAAAGGAGAACGAUUGGCAGAGUUAAAAAAAGUUCUUGCAGAGGAAAAGAAUGAAUAUGCACAGUUACAAGAUGACAUGAAUUUAUUAAACUCAGGUAAUGUAAGUGAGGAGCAAUUAGAUAAAUGGUGCAAAGAGAUUGAUGAUGAAGAAAAAGAGAAAGAUCAAGAAGCAGUGAAUCAUGCAAAAUGGUUAAAAGAGAGGGAAGUGCGUAAACAGGAAAUUGAAAGAGCAUGGAGGCCUCUUGUUAAAGUUAAUGUCAAUGCGGGAAAUAAAAGAAAAUCUUCUGACAGUGUUGAUAAUCAAACCGAAGGGGAAACUCCAAUGGAAGAAGGUACCCCUACACAAACCCCUGAAAAAUCAGCUCAAUCACCAUUAUUAACAAGCUUAUUAAAAACGCCAUCUCAUGCUCAAACAGUUGCUACUUCUUCUAUUUUACAUACAGCAAUGAGUAAUCAAAGGCCAACAACGACAAAUCCAACAAUAGCAAGUUUAUUAAAUUCAUCAACUAAUGUAACAGUUUCUCCAAGUCUUCAACAAUUAGUAAGCACAGCAAUUGGUCAAGAACCGCAAACAGCAGUUCAAGUUGUUGAAACAGAAAUUGUUACCACAGAUAAUAUUGAUGAUCCAGAUAACAUUCUAACAAAUAUAAAAGUAGAGGACAUUGAAAGUACUAUCUUAGCGUCUGGAGAUACCCUUCCUGAAAUCAAAGAUGAAGAAGUCGAAGUAAUUAUUUCCGAUUUGAUUCAAAAUGGUGAAAUUGUAGCUGAUCCCGAGGAACAUCUGCAGUUAGAUGGUAACGUUGACCUCAUGGAAAACUUAGAAAACGAACUGCAGGAGCUGGUGAAAGAAGAGGAGAACGCGGCGGCUUUAAUCGAAAGCGUUAUUCAAUCGAAAGAUGAAUCAUCCGUUGAAGUAGAUCCUUUUGAAUUUCAAGAAGAAGAAAUUUACGAUCAACCCCAACUUAAAGUUACAGCACAACAAGAAAAAGAAAUCGAAGUUAAAGAAGAAGUUGAGGUUUUUGAACAACAAAAACCCCAAAUCCAAGAGGCUAAAGAAGUCGUUGAAGAACCAAAGAAAGGUUCAGUAGAAAUCGUUGAAGUCGUUGUAAUGGAAGAUGAAGAAAUCGAUAAAGAACUUAACAAAUCACAAAUUGAAAACAUCGUUCAUUCGAAUCCAAAAAUUAAAAUUAUCGGUAGUGUUGAAGAUUUAAAAGAAGAAAUUAAAGAUGAAGAAGAUCUAAAAGAAGAUUCAUGUGAAGAAUCAACAGCCGAAUCGCCCGAUACAGAGACAAAAUCCGAUUUAGACACAAUUAAAGACACUCCCAGUACAGAAACGAACGAAACUGAAACCACCGAAGACACCCAAACGGCCGACUUAAACGACGAUCUCUUCGAUAUGGAAGUAAAAAUUGAUAAAUCUGGAAAAGCAAAACGCGAUUAUACCCGCACUUCUAAAAAGAAAGAAGAAAAGGAUUUAGAUCUUCUAUUCGUUUUAGACAGAACCACAACAAUGGAGGAAGAACAAGAAACGUGUUCGGAAAAGGAAUUUUCCGAGUACGAAAAUAUUAAAAAAGACGUAAAAAGGAUUAAGUUGGAUAACGAAAGGUCUAAUAGUCCUUGGACGGAAGAGGAUGAUGUAAUUAGUUUAAAAUCGAAACGAAGAUAUUCUACCACUCCGGUUGAUUCAAUUCCGAAUUCGCCAGGAUCUACAACGACGAAUGAAGAAGAACGCGAAUAUAAAAAUUGGAAAAAAUCCGUUUUACUCCUCUACAAUCGUUUAGCGACGCACAAGUAUUCUUCGUUAUUCUUGAAGCCCAUUACCGAUGAACAAGCACCUGGAUAUCAUACCACUAUUUAUCGUCCGAUGGAUCUUUUAACGAUACGUAAAAAUAUCGAAAACGGAUCGAUUAGAACGACAGUUGAGCUUCAAAGAGAUGUUUUGUUGAUGUAUAAUAACGCAAUAAUGUAUAAUAAAACGAGCGAUCAUGUUUAUAAUAUGGCCACGGAAGCUCAACAAGAAGGUAUACAACAGAUCCAGUUGUUUGUGCAGGCUCAACAAGCAGAUGCUCCUGUUAGAAGGGAAACAAGAACUGGGGAAAGAGAACCGACGGGGAAGAGGAAAAGGGGGUCGGAAGAACCUACUAGAAGUAGUAAGAAGAGGAAGGAUGAUUAGUUUUAUUUCAUUAGUUGAUUUUAAUUUUUGAAAAUGUUUACUUAAAUUAAGUAUAUGUAGGAUAUCUAAUAAUUAGAUGAAUAGAGAUUUUUUAUUGUUUAAAGUUGUAAAUUUUUGGAAUACAAUUUGAAAUAAAAUUUAACGAUAAAAA